AUGAUGAUGGUUACUGAAACAGCUUCCCCAACCUUGACAUUCAGAUCAAGCCCUGAGCCUUUGCUUUCUUACAUGGUGUCCAAUAUUGAUGAUUUAGUGCAGUGUUCAAAAGAACGCAGAUACUACCAACACAUGUUGCUUCCUGAUUUGCCUACAUUCAUCAAGCUCGUCUAUCAGAAAUGUCAUCUCACACCCACUGUCUUGGUGAUCGGCCUCAUCUACCUUGAAAGACUCAAGAAGAACUUGCCUGAUCAAGCUCAAGGAGAAUACGACACGCCUUACAAGCUGUUUUUGGCGGCCAUGAUUGUCGCUACCAAGUACAUUGAAGAUUGUGCUUCCCAUGCAGUGUCGAUCUACCGAAUUGUAGCACCGCUUUAUACAUCCAGAGAACUGAACGAGAUGGAACGUAGCUUCUUGGGCGUAUUAAAGUUUGAUUUGUAUGUUGAUAUCUCUGAAAUGGACAAAUACGUCGAGGAACAUCAAGAAUCCCUUGAGCUUGAAUUGAUGAGCAUGGUUUAA